AUGCCCGUCGAAGACAAAGUGCAGACACUCCGCUCUCUGGUUUCUCUCUUAUCGAAUGCUGUGGAAGUCAUUUCUCGGGAAUGGGAAAUCAAAGAUCAAAAUCCAGAGCACAGGCCAUUUCUUCCCUCUGCAGAUUUACAUCAUGCCCGACAGACGAUUGUCGGUGCCUGCGGCAUGUUGAUGAGCCUCGUUCAGGAACCCCAUCAUCGCCUCAUGGAGACCGCUCUUCAGUAUUAUUCUUCAAGAGCUCUACAUGUUGCGGUUGAGGCACGUUUGGCAGAUAUUCUAGCAGAAGCAGACCCAGAAUUGGGGAUGGACUCCAAGACGAUUAGUGUGCGAACAGGUAUUCCACAGCAUAACCUGGCGCAAGUCCUUCGUCCUCUCUGUUCAAUGUACAUCUUCAAGGAAAUUAAGCCGGGCUAUUUCGCGAACAAUGAAACAAGCGGACAGAUGGUCAACGACGAGCCUUUCCGAUCCUGGCUUCUUGUACACGGACUAACCAUUUACACUGCUUCAACAAAGCUACCUGCCGUUUUGUUUGACACCGGAAAAAUCCAAGGACGCAGUUCGACUCGGACUGCAUUUCAAGAGGCUCUUGGAACAGAUUUGUCAUUCUGGGAAUAUCUUGAACAAGAUACGCAACCAUCAGACGGAACAAAGAAAGCACGGCGAGAGGUGGACACAUUCACCCUUGCCAUGGUAGGCGGGGGACGUGUUCAUUCGACACCACUCUACGCCGAUUAUCCCUGGGAAAGUCUUGGAGACGGCACUUUAGUCGACGUUGGAGCAGGUGUUGGCGGGAUGAGCCUUGAUCUAGCGAAACAGUUCCCUCGUCUACGUUUCGUUCUGCAGGACCGCCCUUCUGUCAUAUCCGGAGCAGAAGCAGUAUGGAAGCGCGAGCUUCCUCACAUGAUUUCCACGAACCGGGUGCAGUUCAUGGCCCACGACUUCUUCGCAGACCAACCUGUCAAAGGCGCCUCUGUAUACUUGAUGCGCUACAUCAUGCAUGACUGGCCGGAUGAGCAAUGUAUCACUAUUCUGUCGAAGCUUCGGGACAUCAUGGGUCCUCACUCACGCAUCCUUGCCGUGGAUCAGAUCCUACAUCCAACUGUGGGCUCCGCCUAUCUGAACCCAGCUCCGGCACCGCUGCCACCAAACUAUGGGCACGUCCAGUUACUAUCGCACAUGCGGGACCUGAACAUGUUGGCACUCUUUAACGGCAUGGAGCGGACUCCAGAAGACUUUGCUUCUCUAGCGGAGCGAGCUGGAUUGAAGAUGGUGAAGAUUUGGGAAUGUCGGAGCACGAUGGGUAUCGCGGAAAUGAGGAGGAACGAUGCACCGUGA